AAAGUGUUUCAGUAUACUGCAAGGCAAUGAUUCUCAACUCCAGACACCAAGCCCCAAAUUAUAUAUUUUCAUUCUAGCCCUCAAAUUAGGGCCUGGUCUAGACCUGGGACACCAGAUGACUACAUUAAACUACCUGGUAGAUUUGAAGUUGAGAACCACUGCUUUAUAUUUUGGUGUUGACUGAUUUGUCAGACUGAAUUACAGCAAUUUGACAUUGUCCAAAGUUAUCUGAUUAUAUUGAAAUGGCCCAAUGCAAAACCAACAUUGUGACCUCUCCCAGUCACAGGAAUUUGAGGUGAACUUUGUUGAGCCUGUAAUAUUAGCAAUUAUUACAAGCCGGGAUCUGGCAUGUUUUUCAGUCAAGAGGCAUUAAGUCAAUAUUAUAAAAUAUAUAGGAAACUAUAGACCACCUUUGUCAUUGGUACAUACUUGUCAUUUGACUUGUCAGGGGACAUCCUGAAAUAAGGGUAGAUGUAAAUGUUUUAUUUCUGUCUCAUUUCCCCUUGUCUAGGAAACAACUGGCUCGUAUUACCCAACUCUCCCCUACACUGCAUAUCAGGAACCACAUGGAUGCAAGAGAUUCUCCCCUUAAUACUAAAUGGAGGCGAACUGACUCCAGUGCAAACUAUUCCCAACUGGGACCGGGUUCCCUGGCUGGAGGAGACAAGAGCAGCCCUAGUCCUGGAUCGUCAGACCUCACCACGUGCAAUGGUUUCUCAUCUGCCCUACCAUCUCAUGCCUUGCUCUUUCUUCUCCUCCAAAGCCAAGGUCAUUUAUGUAACCAGGAACCCGAAAGAUGUUAUGGUGUCAUCUUUUCACUUCCACAAGAUGGCCAGUUUUCUAGAUGACCCUGGAACGUUUGAUGAGUUUCUAGACAAGUUUCUCUCUGGGCAAGUGUUAUUUGGAAAGUGGACAGACCAUGUGAAAUCCUGGCAUAAUUCUGAUCUGGGCGAUAGAAUCCUAUAUAUUUCAUAUGAAGAAAUGGUGAAGGACCUACGGGGAGUGUUGGAACGCUUCUCAUGUUUUCUUGGUCGAGAACUAAGUGAGGAGGCUCUAGACUGUGUUGCCAGGCACUGCUGUUUCAGCAACAUGAAGACAAAUGCAAUGUCAAACUAUUCGCUGGUGCCACAAGAGAUAAUGGAUAGCAGCAAGUCCCCCUUCCUUAGGAAAGGGAUUGCUGGGGAUUGGAAAAACCAUUUCAGUCCUGAGCAGGAUGCCAAAUUCUCAGCUGUCCUUAAAGAACAAACUAAAGGACUGGAUUUAAAAUUCUGUUGGGAUGAGGACUGAUUGGCUGAUCAGAUGUACUUUGUAAAUGCACCUAUGCAUCCAUACUGUAAGUUGUAAUUCACUCUCCAUGCAGAGGUACUCUCUGAAAUCAAAACCAAUUAAAAACCUCUAGUCAAAUUUAUGUGAAAACAUCACAGAAGAGUAGACUAGUCCUAAUUCCCCAAGAAUUAACUGUUGGAUUUUUUCUAAGUUUGUUACUCUUUUAAUUGAACUUGGUGCUUGUAGUUUAGUUCAAACCCAAAUACUUACUCUCUGAACUGUUUUGUAUAUGGUACUUAUUUCACAUUAUUCAAAUACUAUAUACUCGGGAAUAUACAAAUACACAUCAAUAGCCUUCUUGGGCCAUUUCAAUGUUGCUUUGCCAUUGUGGUUGGGAUGAUGUCAUUAUACUUUUUAGACUGAAACUGAAGACUAAAUGUCUUUUUAGACUAAAUGUUUUCUGACUCAUUGAUGCCACAAGCAAUUUUUCAUAAUUCUGCUGUACUAAUGUAUGUUCAUUUCACCAUAUGCUUCAGUAUUUUUUAUCACCUUUGCCAAUAGUAAAAAAAAUAAAAAUAAUAUUGUUGAUUA